GCGGUAGACGGGAGUAUCGUUUUUCGCAAGAUAAUAAGGUUACAAUGGUGCCACCUUGUUAUCGUGCUUUGCUGAUUGCUGCUUUGAUGAUGAGUGUUCCGCUUGUCAUUAGUCGUGAAGCCGAUGGACCCUUGAAGCACAGGAGCGUGGAUGUGGGCUUGGUGGUGGCUCAGACGAUGAAACACCACCUCACCAGCUGUCAGGUGAUACUCAUCACCACUAGUCAACACUCACACGUAUUCUCCAGUGUACUCAGACACACGAGUAUGUAUUUGGAGGCUAGCCUGGUGGUGGAAGCAGGGUUGGUGUUCUCCCAGGACCAGCUGGCCCAAGACCACCUCCUCCAGGGGCUGUGGGGGGACAGUAAGACCACCUGUCGGGCACUGAUCCUCGACCUCACUAUCAACACCAACAACACCCAACUCAUCUUAAGCCUGUUGGAAGCAGCGGGGAUGUGGCAACUCCCAGAGACACGGGUGGUGGUGGUGGGACUGGCGAGGAGGGCAGGAGUGAAGGCUAUUCUCCUCCACCACAGUUUCCGUAAUACUGCCCACGUCCUCUACUUGGCCAUGCACUAUCCCACCCUCCACAUCCUACCAAGACACGGACACUUACGCCUCAACAAAGUCAUUCAAGUACAUGCUGAAUAUAUACGCGUAAGGAUUUACCGACGGUGUUUGUACUGCAACAACGGGGAGGCAGACGUACAACCUGUGUUGCAGGAGAACAUUACUUCAACUGUAGAACUUUGUAGGCGCAUCAUAUCUGACAACGAACACCUUCAAGACAUGAAAGGUCACAAGUUCUUCAUCGUCACACGGCCGUACUUCCCCUACAUGGACUACAAGCCUGAUACCGAUGACCCCGAGACCUUAAUCACUGCCAGGGACUCCCUCGACAUUAGAGUUCUCAAUACACUAGCAGUGAAACUGAACUCAGGAUGA